AUGUCAACCCGCCCGAUCAUCCAGGGGAAAUAUCCGGCGAAGAGACACGUCCAGCGUGUAGUCAGUUUCCUAGCAGAAAAGUCCCCCCCAGCCAAUGGCUUCAUUUUCCUCUCUGGAUGUCCGGAUCGAUUCUACCAGGACUGUGAUCUCGAAAUUCCUUUCCGCCAGCAUCGAGCGUUUAUGUACCUGUCAGGUGUCAAUAUCCCGAAUUCUCAUCUGCUCUAUGACAUCGACAAUAGUCGUCUGACCCUCUUCGUGCCGCCCGUCGAUCCCGAAAAGAUUGUCUGGAGCGGCAUGCCUCUGCUACCGGAGGAAGCCAUUGCCACGUACGAUGUCGAUGUCGUGUUACCGACGACAGCUCUAGGGGCUACACUGGAAACAAUGAGAAGUCGACGGUCAGUCUCCAAGCCUUCCGUGUUUACAAUCCCUGGCCAUGUAGGCGAAGGUAUCGUUUUCCCCAAGGAUACUCACGUGGACGCUAUUGCCCUUAAAGAGGCCGUCGACGAAUGCCGGGUGGUCAAGGAUGAGUAUGAGAUUGGUCUGCUCAAGAAGGCAAUCGACAUCAGCUGCACGGCUCAUCGGGCUGUCAUGAAGGCCGUCCGGACAGCCGCGUCCGAGGCUGAAAUUCAUGGGAUUUUCUUGGGAGAAUGUACCAAGCAAGGUGCCAAGAUUCAGGCAUAUCCGAGUAUCGUGGCGAGUGGCCGUGCCGCCGCGACCAUGCACCCUGAGGGUAACAACCAAAGCCUUUACACGGCUGGUGAACGGAAGCAACUGCUCCUGAUCGAUGCCGGGGCGGAGGUGGACUGUUAUGGUGCUGAUGUGACGCGAACGCUGCCGCUCUCCGGCAAAUUCACACCCGAGGCCCGUGCGAUCUACGACAUUGUGCUGGAAAUGCAGAAAGAGUGCAUCGCAUCGCUGGAGGCUGGAGUCGUCUGGGAUGAUCUUCACCUCUUGGCCCACAAGGUGGCCAUUCGGGGUCUGCUAAGACUGGACAUCCUUAAGGGCGACCCCGACGAGAUCUUGGCGGCGCGAACAAGCGCCGCGUUCAUGCCUCACGGACUGGGUCAUUUCUUGGGCAUGGACACUCAUGAUGCCGGGGGACGUCCCAAGGAGGCCGAUCCGGACCCUCUGUACAAAAACCUCAGAGUACGGAGAGAGUUGCCUGCCGGGUGUGUCGUGACCGUUGAGCCAGGGAUCCAUUUUGAUGAACACACGAUCUGCGAGUACCUUCGCGCCCCGCAGCAUGCGCAGUACAUCAACGAGGCGGUUCUCAAUCAGUUCUGGGAUGUUGGUGGCGUGUGUAUUGAGGACGAUCUCCUGGUUACUGAGACGGGAUGCAUCAAUCUCACUGGUCUUCCUAAGGACCCGGAGUUGGUGGAGCAGAUUGUUACACGGGGCUCAGAUCAUGAGUAA